AUGUCUUCACACACAGGAGGUGCUCCGAGAAGAAUCCGACUGCAAAGCUGUAUCACAGGACAAGGUGAGUUAGGGAUGCUGCAGAGUAUUGUUUUGCUCUUCAUCUGCAAACCAAAUCCUGGAAGAAUACGGUUUGAAGCAGGCAACAAUAGGGUUCUUUCAUGUUCUUGGAAGCAUCUCCUUGAAUCCAUUAAUCAAGUCCCCGAUAUUUUGGUAACAAGUUCUAUCUCUAGCCUUGAUACCCAGGCUUCCGUUCUAGCUCUAGCCUUAAUACUCAGGCUUCCGUAUUAG